ACUCCUUUAUGUCCUCAAAUAUUGGCAGCAAUUUAAAUGAAAGAGCUGAAUUUUCUAAGCGCAAAGUUGCAAAGUUUGAUACACCUGACUUUGAAUGGACUGAGAAAAUUCUGGAAUGUCCGGUUUACACUCAAGUGUGGAGGAAUUCCAGGAUCCUUUAGUUUAUUUGCAAAUGAUAGCUCCAGAAGCCUCAAAAUAUGGUUUCUGCAAGCUUGUAUCUCCUGUGAGUGCUUCUGUUCCUGCUGGUGUAGUUCUUAUGAAAGAGAAAGCUGGUUCCAAAUUUACUACUAGGGUGCAGCCUCUUCGUUUGGCUGAAUGGGACAGCGUUGACAAGGUCACUUUUUUCAUGAGUGGAAGAAACUAUACAUUUCGUUACUUCGAGAAAAUGGCGAACAAGAGUUUUUCUCGUAGAUAUUAUAGUGCUGGAUGCCUUCCUCCCUCAUUCAUGGAAAAAGAAUUUUGGCAUGAGAUAGCUUGUGGAAAGAUCGAAAGUGUUGAAUAUGCAUGUGAUAUUGAUGGUAGUGCAUUUUCAUCUUCUCCCAGUGAUCCGCUUGGAAAAAGCAGAUGGAACUUGAAGAAACUCUCACGGUUGCCAAAAUCCAUACUGCGUCUUCUAGAAACUUCUAUUCCGGGAGUCACUGAACCGAUGCUUUACAUUGGAAUGCUUUUUAGCAUGUUUGCAUGGCACGUGGAAGAUCAUUACUUAUACAGCAUCAAUUAUCAUCACUGUGGAGCAGCAAAAACUUGGUAUGGCAUUCCUGGUCCCGCAGCUCUUGAUUUUGAAAAGGUUGUCAGGGAGCAUGUUUAUACUCAAGAAAUAUUUUCAUCUGAGGGUGAGGAUGGAGCUUUUGAAGUCCUUUUAGGCAAGACGGCAUUGUUUCCACCCAAAGUUUUGCUAGAGCAUGAUAUUCCUGUUUAUAAAGCUGUGCAGAAGCCUGGUGAAUAUGUUAUAACUUUCCCCAGGGCAUAUCAUGCCGGAUUCAGUCAUGGUUUCAAUUGUGGUGAAGCUGUCAACUUUGCUGUUGGUGAUUGGUUUCCGUUGGGAACAAUAGCUAGCCGGCGCUAUGCUUUGCUUAACAGAACUCCUCUCCUUCCUCAAGAGGAGCUCCUAUGCAAAGAAGCAAUGCUACUUGGUGCUAGUGUGGAACUUGAAGACCCAGAAUAUACAUAUCAAGAUUUGAUAUGUCAGCAUCGUGCUCGUUGGUGUGUGAUGCAAUUGAAUGAAUGCAUUGAUGUCUCUUCUUUUUCCCAUGGAACAAUUAUUUGCAGUCUAUGCAAACGUGAUUGUUACGUAGCAUAUCUCAAUUGCCGGUGUUACUUGCAUCCUUUGUGCCUUCGCCAUGAUAUCAAAUCGAUUGAUUUGAAUUGUGGAGGUAUUCUAACACUGUCUGUGAGAGAAGAUAUCUUGGAUAUGGAAGGCACAGCGAGGCAGUUUGAACAGGAGGAGAGUAUGUCACUUGAGGUUGAACAAUGUUGUAGAAAGAGGACUCAAACUUCAUAUUGUUAUUAUGAUUCUGGUUUUGGUUCAUCGUCACUAAUGUCAACUGAAAAUCCUCACUGUAACACCGAUGAACACAAGGUGCCCAACAUGAAGAAUCAAAUGUCUCAGCUGUUGUCCAGACAUAUUGUUGGAAAUAGCUCGGAAGUCUCAAAAGCCUCAUGUAGUGAAUAUAUUGGUUCCCAUAGCAAAAUCAGUCACUGUCUGGCUACCAGAAGUACCAUUACUGAAGAAAGUGAUGAUUCAGAUUCAGAAAUUUGUAAUUCUGAAUUGUAAUUGUAAUUGUAAGGCAAGAGCCAUCAUAUGAGUGGUGUUCUACUGCUGAUAGUAAUUGUAAUUCUGCCGAAUCAAAAGAAGCCUUAGUUGGUUUGUCGAGGGACAAACCGCUGAAGGCAAGAGCCAUUCCUAUCUCAAUCAAGUUUAAGAGAACAGGAAACGAAGUUGUAAGUAAGCAUGGAGAAUUUGAGAGAGAUGAAAGGCAUGAGAAUGAGGUGGGGAAUGUCAGGAGGGAACCUCGGCAGAUUGAGAUACGGCCCAGGCGCUUUAAAGUCGGAGGACCAUCAGUUUUCGGGCACAAGGAGCAGUUGAACUAAAAUAUUUAUCAGAGUGCUGAAGCUGAUCUGCCACUGAUUAACUUCAACAAGCUGACAUUUUUAACAACAUUUGCCUCGAUUGGGAAUCUAACAACAUGGGAAAUUUACAAGAUCCACGGUGGGGAGCAGCGAACAAAUUUAACCAAGUUUAGAGUAAAGGCAUCAUCAUAUUUUUUGUGCAGGCCUCAAAAUGGGGCGAUAUGCAGGGUAAACAAUUCAUUGGGGGUUCUCGAGCCGGGGUGUGUUUUCCAGUCUUUGGCUGGAGAAUAAUAGCACACGCAGUGAGUAGAGAUAUUAGAUUAGUUCUCUUGUGUUGGUAUUUGACGGUUGAAUGAUUUUUGUGAGGACGAUGCAACGGGUAAAUUCCCGGCAACGACUCAUUAAUGCCUCUCCUGCUGCUUCCCAUUGAUAGGAAGGGUUGAUCACUGAUUGACUAUCACCACAUUAUUUUUUGUAGACACUGGCCAUAUCGCUUACACA